GUUAAGCCCCGUUCGCAGCCUUGGAUCCCAGUGCAGACGGUGGGGAUGAGAGUGGCAGUGGUGGGCAUGGGCAUCAGCGGGCUGCCAGCCACCAAGCGCUGCCUGGAAGAGACCACUGCCAUCAGGAUCCAGAAGCGCCCGACUUUGCCACCACAGGCCAGCAUCAAGAGGUUUCAAGGCCGGUACUUUCACAGCCAGCAGUACAAGCAUCCUGACAUGUUUCAGGGUAAGUGCGUCAUAGUGGUCAGCACGGGCAAUUCAGGAGUGGACAUCAUGCUGGAGGCCAGCCGCAUAACCACGAAGCUGCCCGUGCUGAACAACAACCUUCCAAGCUACAUCCUGACAGGGAGGAUCACCAUCAAACCAGGCGUGAAGGAGUUCAAGGACAACUCAGUUGUUUUGCACAGUUGCCCUGAGGAGGAGCCCAUCAAUAUCAUUGUCUUCCGCACGGGCUACGUCUCCUUCUUGUUCCUAGAAGAAGCAGUCAUCGAGGUGGAAAACACAUCGUCUCUCUACAAAUACAUGUUCCGUCACCUGCAGAGGCCCAGCCUGGCCACCCUUGGGCUGAUCAAGCUGUUAGGAGCCAUCAUGCUUGUGACAGAGAUGCACACGUGCUGGGUGACCCGUGUCUUCAAAGGCUUGUGUCGGUUGCCUCCUCAGUCUGUCAUGGAGAAGGAAGUAAAUGAGAAGAACAAAAACCAAGUGCAAUGGUUUGGUCUGUCCUUUGACGAAGUCCUCAAAACUGAUUGCCUGGUCUACAUGGACAAGCUUGCCGCCUUCAUCGAUGCCAAGCCCAGUGAGCUGGGGCUGCUCUGCAGAGACUGCCAGCUGGCCCUCACCCUCUUUUUUGGCCCCUGCACACCCCACCAGUACCAGCUGGGGGACCCCAGGUACUGGGAAGGGGCACGCCGGGCCAUCCUCUCCCAGUGGGACCAGACCCUGAAGCCCACAAGAAUGCAAGUCCCUGCCAGCUCCUCCAGCCCUUCCUCUUCUCUCCCGACAGUGGUGGGGUUUCUCCUGCUCCUGGCUGCCCUGGUUUUUGGUUUCCAGUAG